AUGUUUCCUUGUAUCAGAAAUGAGUCGAAUCGGUGGCAGCACAACUUUACGCAAAAUUUUCUGGAAUAUAAAGCUGAGCUAAGUCAAAAAGCAUUCAACUUUAUUUUUACCGAUGGUUCGAAAACCAAAUUUUCAACCUCAUUUGCAGUAGUCUCUGAAAACCUUGAUGUUUUAAGAAAAGGUAUCCUGCCUAAUCAUUGCUCCAUCUACACCAGUGAAAUCUUUGCUAUCUAUCAAGCCGCCUUAAUUGCAUCGAAAACCAAGGGCAAUUUCUGCAUUUGUACUGACAGUCGGUCUGCCAUUGAUGCCCUCUGGAAAUUCAAAAAGGACAGCGUUCUAGUAACCCACACCAGGGAUUUGCUAAUUAAACACAAAAACAAAAUUAAAUUGAUGUGGAUUCCUGGCCAUUGUGGCAUCCAAGGCAAUGAACUAGCUGACUCUGUUGCGAAGAGUCUUCAUAAUGACCCAGUUAUCUGUUUUGACAAUUUUGAAAAGGCCGAUUUGUCGAGACAUGUACGGCAGUAUAUUAACAAUAAAUCCUUACUAAAGUGGAAAGAAUAUGUUCACCAUUAUGCAGAUAUUAAUCCAACAAAAAUUAGGCCUACUUUUCCUUCCGAUGCUAAACAGUCAGACAUUCUCGUUUUCACAAGACUUCGUUUGGGCCACACGCAGAUCACUCACACACAUCUUCUUAGUCAUGGAGUAUCAUUAUGCAACGUUUGCGGGGCAAUGAGCACAUCGGUGAAGCAUAUCUUGGACAUCUGCCCUCGUUUUUCUAUUCAAAGGCAACGGAUUUUUGGCUUGACUGUUCCAUCACAACUUCUUUCCGACACUGCAGCACUUAACAUAAGAAAGAUAUCUAGUUUUAUAGCCUCAUGCAACCUAUCUCAUUUAAUUUAG